AUGGCUCCCGAGAUGGAGCAGUUCUACAGGUCUACCAUGGCUAUCUACAAGAGCAUCAUGGAGCAGUUUAACCCCGCCCUGGAGAACCUGGUGUACUUGGGCAACAACUACCUGCGGGCCUUCCAUGCACUGUCUGAGGCGGCCGAGGUGUACUUCAGAGCCAUUCAGAAGAUCGGGGAGCAGGCCCUGCAGAGCUCCACCUCCCAGAUUCUGGGGGAGAUCCUGGUGCAGAUGUCUGACACCCAGCGGCACUUGAACUCAGACCUGGAGGUGGUGGUGCAGACAUUCCAUGGAGACCUGCUGCAGCACAUGGAGAAGAACACCAAGCUGGAUAUGCAGUUCAUCAAAGACAGCCGCCAGCACUACGAGAUGGAGUACCGCCACCGAGCGGCCAACCUGGAGAAGUGCAUGUCUGAGCUGUGGCGCAUGGAGCGCAAGAGAGACAAGAACGCGCGGGAGAUGAAGGAGAGCGUGAACCGGCUGCACGCACAGAUGCAGGCCUUCGUGUCCGAGAGCCAGCGGGCAGCCGAGCUGGAGGAGAAGCGGCGCUAUCGCUUCCUGGCAGAGAAGCACCUGCUGCUUUCCAACACCUUCCUGCAGUUCUUCGGCCGGGCCCGGGGGACGCUGCAGAACCGCGUGCUGCUGUGGAAGGAGCAGUCGGAGGCCAGCCGCAGCCCGUCCCGCGCUCACUCCCCCGGGCUGCUGGGCCCGGUGCUGGGCCCGCCCUACCCCUCGGGCCGCCUGACGCCCACCCGCCUGGACAUGCCCCCGAGGCCUCUGGGAGAGUUCGGCUCCCCCCGCAGCCGGCAUGGCUCCGGCUCCUACGGCCCCGAGCCCGCCGAGGCGAGGUCCGCGUCCCAGCUGGAGCCAGAUCGCCGGUCCCUGCCCCGGACGCCGUCGGCCUCCUCGCUCUACACCAGCAGCGCCCAACGCUCUCGCUCCAACUCGUUCGGCGAGCGCCCGGCCAGCGGCGGUGGCGGCGCCCGGAGAGUCCGCGCCCUGGUCUCCCACUCGGAGGGCGCCAACCACACGCUGCUGCGCUUCUCGGCGGGAGACGUCGUGGAGGUGCUGGUGCCCGAGGCCCAGAAUGGUUGGCUCUACGGCAAGCUGGAGGGCUCGUCCACGAGUGGCUGGUUCCCCGAGGCCUAUGUGAAACCUUUGGAGGAGGUCCCCAUGAGCCCCUUGACGCCCUUGACCUCCAUGAACCCAAUGAAUGAGCUACCUUCCAGGUCCUACCCACUCCGGGGCAGUCACAGCCUUGAUGACCUCCUGGACCGGCCCAGCAACUCCACGGCGGCCCCAGAGUACUGGGAUGGCCAGUCCCAUUCCCGGACCCCAAGCCACAUCCCGAACCGUGCACCCAGCCCUGCCCCUACACCCUUGCCUGGCAGCCGCCAAAGCAGCAUGGAAGGGGCCAGCAACGUCAAGAAACUCAUGUCCUGGGAGCAGAACCCCCCAGAGCUCUUCCCACGGGGCACAAAUCCCUUUGCCACCGUAAAGCUGCGUCCCACCAUUACCAAUGACCGCUCGGCACCUCUCAUCCGCUGA